AAAACAGAAGAUAAAAAUAAUAUCUGUAUUCAAGUUAAAAAGUAUAAUUCUAAGACGAAGUAAAUUAUUCUGGAGGAAUUAGUUGACUUCGAUUGUUGAUAUCUAACGAAAGACAAGAUCAUUUGAUGUCUUCAAUAGGAUAAUUUAAAAUGCCGGAAGAAACUGUAUCACCGAUGGAGUCAGAAGCACCGACGAUCCAUCAAACACAUCAUGAAGUAGACCCGGGAGACCACGUUGCAGUUGAAGGGUCCGGUGAAGAAUUUAAACAGAAAAUGGAUGAUUUUAUCAAAGAACUGGCAGUGAAAAUGCAUGUUCCCACAGGUGCGGUAGUUGCCAUGGUUAUUGGCAUGAUCCUGUUUGUCCUGUUAAUAUUGUUCUGUAUCUGCAAACGAUGCGUAUUUAAACGUAGAAAAAAGGAUCGAGGAGCGAAGAAGAGUAAAGCGGAUAUAAAAAGUGUACAACUUUUAGGCAAAGGCUUAGCUAAGGACAGAGGAGAUCUGGACGAAUUAGAAGCAAACAUGGAAGACAAUGAGGGUGUUCAAGAGAAGGAGGAAGUUAAUUUGGGAAAACUACAGUAUUCAAUCGAUUAUGAUUUUACACAAGGAGAGUUAACUGUUGGAGUUAUACAAGCUACUGAUUUACCUGGAAUGGAUUUGUCCGGUACAUCUGAUCCAUAUGUAAAAGUUUUCCUCCUACCUGAAAAGAAAAAGAAACAUGAAACUAAAGUUCAUCGAAAAACUUUAAAUCCAGUAUUUAAUGAAACAUUUGUCUUUAAAGUCCCGUAUGCUGAAAUCGGAGGGAAAACUUUGGUGUUUAAUGUUUAUGAUUUCGAUAGAUUUUCUAAGCACGAUCAAAUAGGGCAAAUUCAAGUACCACUUGGAUCUGUUGAUUUGGCUCGAGUUAUUGAAGAAUGGCGUGAUCUAAGUCCUCCUGAUGAUGACGAAAAGGAAAAUCGUCUUGGUGAUAUUUGCUUCUCAUUACGUUAUGUACCAACUGCUGGGAAGUUGACCAUCAAUAUUUUGGAGGCUAAAAAUCUUAAGAAAAUGGACGUUGGUGGAUUGUCAGAUCCUUACGUUAAACUUUCUCUGAUGUUGGGAGGAAAAAGAAUUAAAAAGAAGAAAACUACUAUUAAGAAGUGUACUUUAAAUCCUUACUACAAUGAAUCCUUUGCAUUUGAAGUACCGUUUGAACAAAUUCAGAAAGUAACAUUGAUUGUGGUCGUGGUUGAUUAUGAUCGCAUUGGGACAUCGGAAGCAAUUGGUCGGGUUGUUUUGGGUUGCAACGAAACAGGGGCAGGUUUGCGCCACUGGUCGGAUAUGUUAGCCAAUCCACGUAGACCUAUUGCACAAUGGCACACAUUACAACCAAUGCCCGAGAAGGGCUAACAAAUGUAGCGCAGAAGAUCAUAAGCACAUCACUUCACUAUUUUCCUCUAGUGCACCUACCUAUCUCCCUAACAAGCUCAUAAGCUAGCCCCAGAACAAUAAAACACUUAGAAUUAUAUAUGUAACAAAUGAUGAGAAACCAAGACCAACUAAAGCCCUUAAACUGAGAACAUAUUAUAUUUAUUAGUCACUCAUCGUCAACUUUACUCUGCUGCUUGAAGCAGUUUAAGAAGACAACAAGAAGAAUGCAAGAGAACUUAGCAUAGGUCUAAUGCUGAGUGUUUCACCAUACAACAUCGCCAACACAUACCUAAUACUAAACGUUAUCACUUAGUUUGUUUUCGAAAACUAUUUCUAUUUACUAAUAUUUUUUUCUCGCAGUCUUUUUUGUCUACAAAACAUUCCAACUAACUUUCAACUUGUUUGCAUGCAAUUUAAAUCCACCUACCUGUCUUUUAUUUACCGCUUCGUUUUAUACAUACAUAUAAACAUAUACAAGCGUCCCUUUUUCAUGGACAUUUAUUCGUACACGAAAUACUGUUAUCAAAUUUGUCUGUCUAAUGACGCCAACUACUCGACUCAUACUGUUCUUUUUUCAACGUCGUACUUAAAUACAUACCUUCCUUUACACACUUCUACCUUGAAUGUAGCCUCCCAUCUAAUCGUAUUGAAUUUUGAAUUGUCUUAAGAGUGUUGUCUAAGUGAUUUCUUUCUUAUUACGUGAAUAUUCAAUGUGAAUUUAUGUAUGUUGGUAUUCAUUCAUUUUUCCUUUUAAACAAAUACAUACACAUUUG